AUGGCCGACAUCUUCCUCCCGUUCCCGUCCCUGCCCUACAUCGCAGCCGCGUCGUCCUCCUGGCUGUCCUCGAUCACCGUCGCCUUGCUGCGCUUGGUACGCCGCUUCCGUCCACCCUUUGCUCCCCUAGCCGGCGACGGGGUCUCGUCCGGGCUUUGCGAAGGCCGGCGCUUCUGGGCGCGUGUGGGCUCUUGA